AUGCUGCAGCAGACUUCCACUCUUGUCAUUGUUGCACAAGAUGCAGAGUUCGACAACAAUGCCACAAAUUGCGCGCGCCGGGGCAGGCGGCUUAUCCCUGAGCUGCAUACAGCGCGUGUUAGCUUAGCUCUAGACAUUGAAGUAGGACUGUUGCCAGGCCCUGAAACGGAACGUGUUGGCGAAGGCCGCUCCGCACGUUGGAUGCAAAUGCUUUGUGCCAAAGCAAUCUCUGAAUUGAUCAACAAGGGAAGGUCUCGACCGGGAGUUUUCUCCCGCUUCCGCUCCCUACAAGUGAUACUACAUACAGUUAAUGCAUGGUGGCGUCAAUUCCCGGUAGUGGAGUGGGCGCUCAUCGCACAGCGGUGGGCAAGCCGGCUUCCGCGUCGCGCACAGCAUCUAUCAGCCAUGUCACGUGUAAUCUUGUUGCCCAGGAGGCGUUUAUCUUCAACAAACCAAAGCCGCGCAACAGCAGGACCAAAUACAAAUGUGAUGACUGCAGAAAAUCAAAAAUACUUUAUACUGCUUCUCAGCUUACACUCAAUCUUGUUGAUGGCAGUCAAAGACAUGAUCGAUAUGGCUGUCACUAUGCUACGACCACAUCAACGCGACGCAACCAGAGAACAUACGGAGAACAGUAUGCCCAUUCUCGAGCGAGCUGUUGCUGACUUCAAAGCGUAUGCGUUCAGCGUGAGGAUUAGCAUGCUAGCUCGAGGUGGAGGUGCAGCGUUUGCACGUGCACAAGACGCAAUCAACGUCCUUGCCACCCCAUACUUCCGUCCAGACUUCACUUGGGGCGUGGAUCAGAUCUCCCUAGAAACAACUCGUGCAGAUAUCACCUCAUUUUAUAACACCGGUUAUCAUGAGCUUGUCUAUGUGUUGCAAACGAGACUGCUACAAGCCGGUGUACCUCCAACUACAGACGAGGUUACACGUCUGCUUCUUUGUAGUCAUUAUUUCAUGCAGGAGCUUGAUCAACUGAUAGCUCUGGGACAUUUGUCAUCGAUCCCGUCCACUGUGAACUGGCGACAAUGUCAAAUGUUUGCACCGAGAGAACUUGUGUGUGUUCCGGCUGUGGCUCAUGACAUCCUCAACGACAGACGACCCGACUUUCUCGGCCGGUUAAACUUCCACAUUCUCUCAGAUGCAGGAUUUCAUCUCACGUGGGAAGAUGCGAGCAAAGGAGCCUCAGCCACGUCAGUGUACUUCCACUCCGACAACCUCAGCCAUUCUGCACAAUGGCCUAUACAGGCCACUGACAGGAUGGACAUUCUUGGACGCACAGCUCUACACAUCGCCGUCCGCCAAGGCACCAUAAGUUCCGUCAUCAAACUGUCAAGAGCGGGCGCCAACAUGCAUCAACGGUGUCUCAACGGGUUAUCGUUGUUGCACAUUGCUGCUUGUCACGGACAUGAGACUGUCGUGCGCUACUUGAUAUAUCAAAUGGACUAUCACGAGUGCGAACAACAAUGCUAUACUCUUGCAGGGCAGUGUCAGGAGCAGAAUCUGAGAUACUUGCAUCGACUCGACGAUCUGGAUGGCUUGCGGCGUACCCCAUUCUGGCAUGCUGCAUGUGGCUCGCAUUUCGAAGUUAUGACGCUCCUUACUAAAAGUAUCCGUCUCAAGGUUUCACCAAAGCAAUUUGUCACCGUGAAGGUCAAUACAGAGCACGCAGACUCACACGGACACAACGCGUUGGCUAUAGCGGCACGCGACGGCCGUGUGGACGUGCUGAAGUUCCUUUUCAAAUUGCGUAGCACGACUUGGGAUCCACUUCUCGAGGAACUCAUGCCUUACGAACACCUGCUACUUGCCUACGCCGUACAAUCGAAGAAUCGAGAUUGCAUCAAGUUGGUCAUUGCCCAGCGGCGAUGGAGUUCAAGUGGCCGUGUCUUUGCAAGAGCAAUGGAAUACGCGAAUCAGAACCCUGACAGCUUAUUACUUAGAGAUGCCCUCCUAGGGAUUUACACAGCCGAUGAAGCAGUCCUGACUGCAAAUCCAUUUGCCAGCCUUACUCACCGAAUGCCUUCGUAUAUCCGGGAUCAAUUGCCGAACCAACUUUCGUCCUUUUGA